AAUAAACUUGAAUAUCCAGUCUCUGUAAAAACCUAUACGACGGACUGAUGCCAUGGCUUUCUUUUUCAGUUCACUGCAUUUGACUUAUGAAGAGUAGCCUACUUGAAAAAAAAAUAUAUAUAUAUGGAAAGAUGAUGAACAUUGUAAAUGAGAACAUUUUCAAGCUGAUGACACGUUGUUGUGUUCAUUAUAUUGUGAAUAUUUCCAAGUGAUGUAAUGACAUGAUUUGUGUGGGAACGGAAGUGAAACAGUAAACAAGAUGGAUGCAGUUUGCUACUUCAUCUUUCCUCAAACUGAGCCUCCAGUCUCAAGGAAAUAUGACGGUCUAGACUUGAAAUGGCCUGUCAGGAACUGUUUUAUCAGCAAUGUCUGCAGCGAAUCAUCAAAACUGGUGUUUGGACAGGUUGGGGAGACAGUCACUCUUCCAUGUAAAUACGACAUUAACGCCAAUGGCCUAUUGCACAUAUGUUGGGGGCGACAUCAGUCAUGGUUCCACUGUGAGAACACGGUUAUCUCCUCCGAUGGCCUGAAAGUGAACUACAGAGAGUCACAUAGAUUCAGCUUGGUCAGUGGACUCGACAGAGGAGAUGUUUCCCUUACUAUAAGGGUUGCUCGAAAUACGGAUGCUGGGUUGUACGUGUGCCGUAUCGAGAUCCCUGGACCUUUCAAUGACAUUAGUCACAGUGUAUAUCUGUUUAUCAGCAAUGGACUGGAUCCAAAGAGAGUCAUCUCAGAAACACAUCUGGUCCUUACAACGGCCAAGCAAGAUAUUACUGGCAUCUACAUAGCUGAACCCGUUGCAUUGGUCCGUACUGAGGAAGCAAUGGAUGCAUUUGUCAUAAACACUGUAAAAGUGGGAGCCAUCGUCUUCAUCCCGGGUUUAAUCAUCGCAUUUCUGUUCAGACUGCGGCGCUUCAGAAAGCACACCAGCAACAGGGGAAGUUGGCAGAUCUCCCAAGCCCAACAAUAACCACACACGGAUAUGAUAGUCAUUUUUGAGGUCAUACACCACAUGUAUAUAGUGAUGUGGAGUUUUUUCUUUUUCCUGUUUUGGGGGUUUGUUCUAAGUGGCUAAUAUGUAUGGCCUACUAUAAAAGAAUUGAUUGAUUAUUAAACUAAGUCUGAGAUUACUUGUUUACAAUAUGUUGUCUUUUUACUUUUUCAUUGUGGCCUGUGUCUUCAUUUGCCAAGUAUUUUUAUAAAAAGCUUACAAAAUAUAGGCCUAACUCUAAUCAUGUCAUGCAUCUCCUUCUCAGAAAUCAAUUAAUGAAUGUUUCUUUGUCCAAACUCCACGUUGAGCAUUUCUUUGGAAACUGAUUUACCACACAACGCCAUGAUACAGUAGCGCCCUCUAGUGUUCAACGCAGUGGCAUCAAAACAUAUCAAACGAAAAGUUCCAAUGAUGUACAAACACUUAAAUAUUAAUAAAAUAAAAAAA